AUGCUCCGACUUUGCUUUGGCAUCCUUGUAAUUUUCGCAGUCGCUCAUGCUCAUUCGCAGUACAAAGCAGGUCGAUGUGGAAACGACAGUAACUUGGAUGGAUUCAAUGUGCCGCUAGAAGAGUAUAUCAAUUUGACAUUGGAAGUUACUAAGCUCAAGCAGAGAGUGGAGUACAGCUGCGGUUUGGCAAGAGAUGCUCUUAACAUUACUAAAUCAGAAUUCACCAAACAUCAUAUCUUCAUUGUUGUAGAUAAAUAUGUAAAGGAGGAUUAUAGAAAGAAUAUGGACUUACUUGCUUCAGAAUUUUAUGGUGAGAUUACAGGCCCUCUGCUGGAUCAGAAAACUUUUUUAGCUGCUCAAGAGCCCUCAAUUGCGCAAGAUUCCUCCGUUGCAGCACCACGUCCUGCUCAAAGACGUCGUUGUGGAUACGAUCUGAACACUCCACGAUUUCCUGCGACCGUUGAGCUGAGUCAACAUGGCAAACACCCAGUUUUGCGAUAUGCGAUCCCAGGACACCCACUGUGCUACACAUUUGAACAUCUGAGAACAAAUGCAGCAUACCAGGUCUAUAGAUGCACCGGAUGUCGGCUAGCUGUUGUCAGCAAAAACACUAUGACAGCGGUUAUUGACAACGAAUUUGUCGGUGAUCCACUCAGCCUUCCACAUUCGUGCAUACCGGCGAAGAUUGCUGAGGAUAAAGUUGAAAGACUAGUCUAUAAGGAAUGCCGUAGAAUUCGAGGAGAAAAAAGAGAAGUUGAACUAAGCACGCUUGUCGCAUGGCAGAGUAUGGAAGACCACAUUGAACAGUAUGAGGGCGAAGAUGAAAAUAAGAAGAACGACAUGCUUUACUAUUACCACAGGGAAGGAUUUGUGUCCCGACGAAGAACAAUAAGAAGAGCAAUAAAAGCAACGGAAGAUCCAAGCUGCUCCAUGGAACAUGUCUCAAGAAUACACUCAACACUCCGCAAUGGCUCCAGAUUCUUGCAAUAUCAGAGCCGCGACCUUCACAUGUACUAUACAGUGGACACAAUUGAAGUAUUGUGUUUACAAAUCGUCACGCAGAUGGACGUCUUCCAGAUGGCACAACGUCAGGGGUUGUACGCAUUAGUUGCUGACGGCGUACACGACCUACAACCCGACGCCACUAACAAAAUCGGGCAACUCUAUACCGUGCAUGGCAUUUGCAGUAACACUCGAGAUGUGACACUCUUGUAUGCCAUCACAACUAAGAAGAACCUCCGCACAUACGAGCUGAUAUUUCAACAAUUGAAGGAAGAGCCGGGGCUACCACUAACCUCAGAAUUGUGCUCGACUUUGAAAAAGCUUCCAUCAGCGCCGCACGUAAGGUCUUUCCUAGCUCAUCCGUGGAGGGAUGUGGCUUCCACCUCGCCCUUGCUUGGAACAGGAAGAAGGAGGCACUAG